GUAGAGGCUAAAGGGUAUCUUGUACAACAGCUAUUUAUACCAACACAGCGAUUGCGUAACCCAUGUGACUGACACAUAAGGUAACCCGAACUUCCAGAACGUGGUCGUCCUUUGAAGCAAGACCAUGGCAGUCACCGUGGUGUUCGGCUUACUGUUCACCUUACAACUCCUCAACGCCGAACCAAUCGUCGACGCCCCGUGGGGCGUAAUUGAGGGGACCACGAACGUCACAGAAGACUGGACACCUUACCAUGCAUUCCUAGGAAUCCCCUACGCAGUCCCACCGAUAGGGGCCAAGAGGUUCAAACGACCACUGCCACAUCCAGGAUUUAAACACAUCUUUAAAGCCUACUCAUAUGGUCCAUCGUGCCUUCAGACUCUCAAGCUGACUGGCGUUGGUGGUGUUACUGGAGACGAAGAUUGCUUAACGUUAAAUGUUUUCACUCCAGCGGCGUCACUUACGGAAAUCAAGAACAAUCCUGUAAUAGUUUGGAUACAUGGAGGGGGGUUCGUUGCUGGGGAUGCUUUCACCUAUGACCCUUCAUCGAUCGUUGGCACUGGACAGGUAAUAGUGGUGACCAUCCAAUAUCGUCUGGGACCGCUCGGGUUCCUCAGUACAAACGACGACGUGUCAAGGGGAAACUAUGGCCUCUGGGACCAACAUCUUGCACUGGAAUGGGUCAAGAAAAACAUUGCAUCUUUUGGCGGGGAUAUCAACAAUAUUACCCUGAUGGGAGAAUCAGCAGGGUCCGCUAGCGUGGCAUUCCAGGCGUUGUACUCAGGGUCCAAGGGUUUGUUCCACAGGACAAUCAUGCAGAGUGGGUCUGCCUCGUCCGCAUGGGCUUAUACACGUAACUCUCUGAAAUAUGCAAGAGGGCUGGCCCAUAAGGUAAAAUGUUCCUCCCAGAACGGUACCGCAUCAAUGAUCACCUGUCUGAGGACUAUCCCUGCCAGGAAGUUGACUGCAGCAUCGUGGCCAAUGGGAAAUGAACCUGUUACAGCUUCAGCCGAAUUUUAUUUUGUACCUACUAUUGACGGGACAUUUGUCAAAAACGAUCCACGGGUUCUAAUAGAUUCUCCAAGUUACCUGAAACAGGUAGGACUUCAAAAUCUUGACUGCAUGGUGUCGGUUGUAACCAAUGAAGGGGGAAUCUUUAAUGGCCUUGCAAGUGCAGCUGAUAAACAGUUCCACUCGUCAUUAUCCUCGUCGGUUCAGAACAGGGGAUUCUACAUCAACACCUUCAUCCCAGAGAUUCUGGAGCUUUAUUUCGGUGCAUCCUCUCCUGACAUGACACAGGCCGUAUCUAAGGUGUAUCUCCCGUCACACAGUCCUACCGUUGAUCUCCAGGCAGUAAUGAACACUCUUGGUGAUGCUGGGAUGGUCGUCCCCAUGACGCUUUUUGCUAGGGCUCACGCAAAGCUGACCAACAACUUGAAGACGGGGAAGAAGACAUACAUGUAUGUGUUUGACCACAUCCCAUCUUUUAUUCCUGGUCAUGGGAAGGAGGUGGACCAUGGCGAUGACAUCUUUUACACAUUCGGUCUCAGCAAAACCAUGUUGGAUGCCAAUGCAAAAGCGUACGCAAUCAGUAUAUCUGUGCCAGACCAAUCAGAAAAGGAGCUCUCACAUACAAUGAUGGGACUGCUAACAGAUUUCGCAAGAUAUGGUGACCCAAACAACGCCGUCCGGUUUGGCCUGAAGCAGACGUGGCCCGCGUUCACAGAGCCAGGGGAACAGUAUCUACUGGUGAACACCACCAUGUCCGUGAAGUCCCACCCCUUCAAGGACAGGGUCAGCUUAUGGGCACUACAGCUGCCGCGUCUUCUACAUGCCUUGCAGAACCAGCAUCACACCACGAAGAACCCCAAACUUACCAUUAUCGGGUAGCUAUGCAACGACUGCAAGAAUCUGAGUUUUGGAAUAAAAAAUAAUUGAGA